CGUGCAUUUACGAACAGCUUCUCAUUUGUGAACCUUUCUGCGUUUGUGAGUGAAAUCUGUGUGGUGCAUUCACGGACAGCUUCUCAUUUGUGAACCUUCCUGCAUUCGUGAGAGAAAUCGGUGUGCUGAAUUUUGAGACUCUCCUAACGUCGCAGGUCAACAAACGUCACCAUUGGCUAAUGAACCUGUCAAUCAAAUAUAUGCUUCUGCCAGGGCUGUUCGCUUUCAGCCAAUCAUAUGGCUCCUUAUGUCACAGAACAGAUCUGCUGUGCGCAUGCGCAUUGCAGUUCACACGGCAGAGCAGGAUGGACCGGUCACGAUCUGUGAGUAAUAGUUUUAUCUUAUUCCCUCGUUGUAAUUGAUGCAAUGUUAUAGAAUUAUGAGUAGAAGCGUUCUUCAUGAUCAAGUAAAAUGUUUUAUGUUAAAUUCAGUCCAGACGUUACGUGAAGUCUGGUCCAUUCUUCAUCUAGUUUAACAUCAAGUUAAACUCAAGUGAACAUUUGUUUAGUUAGCGUAUCUAGGUACCAUUUUUUUAGGCCACGGUUGUCAAACUCAAGGCCUUGGUCUAUUUUUAUUUGCCCCGCGAAAUCAAAUAUCAAAUAUAUAAUAUUAAACUGGCCCGCCGGGCGAUUUCGCUAAUAAGACUACUAAUCCCAUAGUGCUUUGCGGCGUUAGCACGCGAGACGAAGCAAGCCCUCUUUUAUGUUUACAUCAUUAGCAUCCAUGCUAGUCGAAUCAGCGUGUGCAGCGUUACCCUCAGUCUUAAACAACUGAAGAUACUCCUCUAAGCACCCAGUUUACUCAGCGAGUUUCCGACUUUGAACGCCUUGAAAGAAGGUAUCUGGCUGGAACAGGUGACCAUCAGAGUGGAGCGAACUGAGCUUGAAAUAUUUAAUUGUCAUGCACUUUUUCUGCUCCAAAGCAUGAACGUUAAUAACUGAGAUAUUUUCAUAGAAGAUAAUUGCUAUUUUUGGUUUUCACAGAUCUUAACUUAUUUAAUUAUCUAACAUGUUAUUGUAUGGCUGUUGUACCUUUCAUUUGGUAAUUGAUUGUUUUGACCCCUAUAAAAAUGUGUCAUAUGAGAGUGUUUGUGCUUGAAUUACAUAGAUCAUGUACCUGAAGGUAGCUGACAACAACCGGGCAGACACCCACCUUGCCUUCUUCAGUGAAGCUGUGAAUGAGCAUGGCUUUCCUCUGAGAUCAUGGCGGAGAAAAUGUAGGUGUUGCAGAAUUAAUGUUCUCAGUUCGUGGAACUGACACCAACAGCUUCAUUGCAGGAAAAAGUGUACACAAUCAACGGAUCGAGCGCCUGUGGCGUGAUGUCUUCAUGAGUGUUACUGGUCUAUAUUACAACAUCCUGCACUCUCUGGAAGACCAAGACUUGCUCGACAUCAGUAACAUCCUUCACAUGUUUUGUUGCCACUAUAUUUUCUUGUCUCGCAUCCAGGUCAGCCUGGAUGUCUUUAGAGAUGCGUGGGACAACCAUCCAAUCAGGACAGAGGAAAACAUGACACCAAAUCAGCUGUGGCAUCUGGGCCAGGCUCUGAAUCCUGUUUCUGAUCCAGGGGCAAAUGGUAUACCGACACCAGAGAUUGAAUGGGAGGAGAACGGAUACAUGACUGAACCUCAUCCUGGGAUCAGUGUCCCUGUACUGGACAGUCCUCUUUCAGAUCAUGAAAUGUUGGAACUGCAGGACAACAUAAUCCGUUGCAACAUUCAGACUCUUUUGGGAGUGGACACAUAUCUUCACACUGUCCAGUAUGUUGAGAACUUACUUGAGGCUAGAUGAUUACAUGUGUGAAGAAGGAAGGAGAGAGAAGGUAGGGAGUUAGGAAGAAAGAAAAUAAUUAAUGAGACAGGAAGGAAGAAAGUUAAAAAGUGAAGGAGUGGUCCAUUUUAAGGUUAAUAUUCUGUAUAUUGUUAUUCAAGGGAUUUGCCGUCGUAAAUAUGAAAUGCUAAAGGAUAGACCCCAAAAUAGAUGUCUAAAUUCAUUUAUAGUUGUGUAUUUCCUUAAAGUCUUUGUCAGCCUGAUUUAUUUUAGACCAGGAAUGUAUUUGAAAAGGCUGCUGUUCACUUCAUCUAUGCUACAAUUCUUCAAAAUGUAAAUGUGCUAUCAUUGCUAGUGUUGGUUUAGUAACAUGCAUCUUCCUGUGUAUCCAGCUCUAAUAAAAACAUUUAAAGGUGAAGCACCUACUUCUUAUCAGGAGAUCCAUUUAUUUUUACAUGUUAUUGUUUGAAUUUUGUCUCGUUUCAUAACUUUUGCUCAACAUUUAAGGGGAACUGUGUUACCCUGCGAUCAUCUUCAUUACACUUGAAAACUUGUACUAUACCUCCGUCCGUCUACUUAUUAAAUGGAAUAACAUGACAAGA